UAAGCUCUCCAACUGUCUGCACAUAAACUGUUCUUGGGUGGUACACUUCUCUUUCACUCUUAGUAAAUGUUUAGUUUUGAGUCCACACCCCUUCUCUCUCUCUCUCUCUCUCUCCCUCCCUCUCUCUCUCCCUCCCUCUCUCUCUCACCGUUUGAGCAAUAGAGCAAAGAAAGCAAACACGUUUGUCUAGCUGCUGCAACCAGGAAACCAAUCAAAGAGUGAACUGCAACUACACAAAGUCUGAGAGAGAGAAAGGUGGGGGGGGGGGGGGGGUGACAUAAAAAAGACAAAGCAGCAGCAGCGGAGUUUCAGACCACGACACGCAGCGUGUUUCCGCUGUCCUGGGAGAAGAUGCACCAGCUACGUUGAACCUGUAAGAGUUGUACACCUAGAUGUGGGUAAGCAGAGUACAGUCCUGUACUCGGGCCGAGACUGGAUGAACUUGAAAGAGUGGAAAGAAAGAGGAGGCAGUUGACGGUAAAAGUCUGAACUGUUUUGGAGUGUCAAACUCAAAUAAUCGUUUUUUUCUUCGUUCUCACUUCGCUUCCACUUGAUGUAUUGUUCUUUUUAUGGAAAUUGUUAAGAAUAGACUUGUAUCUUUGCAUCUUUCUGAAGAUCUGACAAUGGAGUGAGAGGCCAGGUGGAUGGCAGUCACUGAUUUUACAGAUGUAACCGCUUUUGGAAUUUCUAUUAAUUGGACAAACUGGAAAUGCUGUUCAAAGAGGGAGAUAUUCACAUUUUUCAGACUGAACUCUUAAAAACAUCUGGACGACCGCAACUGCCAGAGUAAACACUGACAAACGUGAGUUGCUGAAGAUAUUUUCACCUGUUUUCUGCACGUUAAGACUCACUCAUGGGCUUCGAUAGCCACUCGCUCGUUCGCUGACUUACAUUAAAGUCAGUUUUUGCUGCACUCAUUGGUGUGAUAAUGGCGACGGCAGCCGGUUCCGGAAACUCCAGGAGUCCAAACCUGAGCUGCCAGCCCCCGACCAGAGGAGAUCUGCGCCUGGUGGAGAAGACCCUCAGAAGACUUGAUAAGCUCCACGAACUGUGCACCAAUCCCCGCCUCGGCCUGAGGAACAGUCCGCCGUACCUGCCCGAUCUGGUGUCUGAGACCUCAACACUACUCACACAGGUUUGGGAGCCCUACCACGGCUUCAAGACGGCCGAAGUCCAGGUGCCUCGGGGAGAUGAGGCCAGGUACCUGAGAAUCCACGUCAGAAACCUGCUGGAUAAGACGGACAGGGCUGUGCUGCUGUUCAAGGACGGCGGCGAGAAAAUAUUUGAAGAGAGAUCAACUUACAGGAGGAAUUUGACCAAACUGUCGUUGAUGUUCAGUCACAUGCUGUGGGAGCUGAGGGCCAUGUUUCCGGAGGGAAGUUUUCAGGGUGACACCUACAGGGUGACGAAGACGGAGGCAGAGGAGUUCUGGAGACAAGCAUUUGGCAACCAGUGUAUCGUGCAGUGGAGCACUUUUAAAGAGCUGCUGAGAGGCGUGCAUGCAUUUGAGGAGGGGAUGGAAUCCAUGGCUCUCAAAUCAACCAUUGAUCUCACCUGUAAUGAUCACAUCUCUGUGUUUGAGUUUGACAUCUUCACCAGACUAUUUCAGCCCUGGAGAUCACUUCUCAGGAACUGGAACCAGCUCGCAGUGACACAUCCGGGCUACAUGGCCUUCCUCACCUAUGACCAGGUUAUAGCUCGUCUGGAGCACUACCUGCACAGACCUGGCAGCUAUAUAUUCCGUCUAAGCUGCACAAGAAUGGGCCACUGGGCUAUCGGUCACGUGACAAAUGAGGCGGACAUCGUCCAGACCAUCCCCCAGAAUAAACCUCUUUACCAGGCUCUCAUUCAGGGCUUCAAGGAAGGCUGCUACCUGUACCCAGAUGGCCGUGAUGUGAACCCCGACCUGUCAAGCUUGUGCGAGCCAGCCCAGAAGGGGAAAGUCAAAGUUACAGAAGAACAGUAUGAGCUGUACUGCGAGAUCGGCAGCACCUUCCAGCUAUGUAAGAUCUGCGCAGAGAGGGAUAAGGACACAAAGAUCCAACCCUGUGGCCAUCUCCUGUGUCGACCCUGCCUCACGGGCUGGCAGAAGACAGCCGGCCACACCUGCCCGUACUGUCGCUGCGACAUCAGAGGAACGGAAUCCGUCCUUGUCGAGCCUUACCUGCCGGACGGCAGCCGGUGGGAUUUCAAAGGUAACGAGGAUGGCGAGGACGAGGACCACGAGGACCACGAGGACAUCGAACUGCUGGUCAAGGAAAUGGCAGCGCUCAGGAAGUUCUCAAGUUUGGAUAACCAGGCUUCCAGUUUUCAUCAACUCAGCUCAAACGCUCCCCCUAAAAACAUCACAGCCGCUCGAUGCCCAUCUCCAUCCCUCCAGCGUCACACAUCUGAAACCAAGUCUCCGAUCAAACACUCACACUCUCACUCGGCUCACGUUGACGCUGGGACACACACACAAAAGAGAAACUGGACCCAAGGCAGGAAUCCAAACAGCAGCACAGAGGGGAGCGCUGAUGGUCUGAGACCACAUCCUCUUUCUCAAAGUGCUGAGCACCUCACACAAUCAACGCCUUCUUCUCAGAAAAAUGCCAACUGUGAAGCGGUGUGGCUCGGACCCUCCAGCCCAAUCAGAGAGAGAAGACGCAAGAUGAGAGAAGGGCUGAGGAAAGACAAGUGCGGCCUCGGAGAGAUGGCGAGGACAAUGUCAUCGUGAGCUACGGAACAGCCACGGGAUUCUGGGAACUUCUGACUGACACAAAGUCAGAUUUCAGUGAAUGUAAAACCUGGAAAUAUUCAUGCUUAACUAUAAACAAGCAGGCGGCUGCUGCACUGCUGCACCUGAGACGAGUGGAUGGAAGUGACAAGAAGAAAUGCCUCCUCUGCCAUUAUCAGCAUGAUUUGUUUUAUACUGACACCGAAAUGUCAAUUUCUCACGCCGUCUUCUUUACGUAUUUUCACUAAGCCUUUAUUAAAUAAUAAAACUACUGAUGGAUUAUUAAAUGUAAAUGUAAUUACAAUGACAAAUAAGAGUCCAAUUACAAAUGCAUUUUAAAGAUUAGAAUACAAUGGAAAGAUUUAUUUUUCCACAAAUUAUUCCAAUCAGCAACAACCAUGGACUUCAGAUCUAUAAAACUUAAAUAUUACAAAUCCUAAUUGUGGCAUUUUGAUUAUUUUAGAUCGUAAGUCAUCAAAAUACAGUAUCUUAAAAUAUGAGAAUUCUGCAUAAUUGUAUUUUUUAACCAGAGGCUAGAAUUAUCAAUAAUUUUUUUAAAGAAACGUUUAAAUAUUUUUAUUUAAUAUUGUGAGUUCAGUAAUAAUUGACAAAAAAAAAUAUUGUUAAUUUAUGAGAAGUGCAUGCCUAGAGAGAAUAUAUGACGCUUUUUCUUUUAAUGCUACCUCGAUCAAUGCAUUAGCAAGAGAAAGGCUUCUGGCUCACUUAAACAUGCAAAUAAAUGCUGAAAUGAAAACAGACAAAUGAAGACUGAAUAUUUAUUAAGACGCUUAAUUACUCCAAUAUUGUGAUGC